CAUAAGCCCCGCCCCGCGCCACGUCCCGCUCGGGCUUCGCUCCCGAUCCCGAUCCUAAUCCCGGUCCCGGCCCGGCCCCGCCCCGCCGGGCCAUGGCGUUCACGCUGUACUCGCUGCUGCAGGCCUCGCUGCUCAUCGUGAACGCCGUGGCCGUGCUGCACGAGGAGCGCUUCCUGCGGCACGUUGGCUGGGGAACUGACCAAGGGAUUGGAGGAUUUGGAGAGGAACCAGGAAUUAAAGCACAGCUGAUGAACCUUAUUCGAUCAAUACGAACUGUCAUGAGAGUGCCAUUAAUAGCACUGAACUCCAUUACCAUCGUUCUCCUCCUUUUGUUUGGCUGAAGACACCUCGUGAAAAUCCUCUGGACAUCCAAAGAAGCCAGUUGCUGACCAUCACUGCUCUGAGUUUUCUGGGAUCCAGCACGGUUUAGCUCUCAAUUCGACAUCCAACUUAAAAUAAUAAAGACACUAUUUCUAUUCAUCCUAUUUCCCCAUGUUCCCUUUCAGUUUCAUUAACCAAGAUCACGGGGAUCAAUGCAACAAUGCUGCAAAUAUGUUGGACUGUGACAAGUUCUGUUGCUUCCUGUUCAUAGUGUUGAUGUCAUAGAAUAUUGCAGUGACUGUUAAUAUAAGAUGCAGUUUUUAAAUGUCUCGUUACUCAGGGAUGAAUUUCCUUCAGUACGCUUUCCAAUUUGUUUUUAAAUUGAGGAAAACAGCAAUGUUUUGGUGUGGGUUUUUGUUUUUUUUUUUUAUUUCAGUUACUACCACACGUUGUCAAGAAUAUGAACACGUUACCAAGAAUUCAAGUUCGCGUUAUAGGGGACUGAAGUCCAGUUGUGAUAUGGAGAUAAAACCAGCUGGGUAAAGUUCCCAUUCUGGCUCACAUUGAAAGUUGAAUUUUCCUGGUUUGAUUGAGGACAGGAUUUUUCUCUUCAAAUCUCUUCAGUAGUUCAUGCUGAUGGUAAAGUCAGCAUGUUGAAAAUAGGUGCAGUUGUUGUGCAAAAUCAAAAAAAAAAAAAAGAAAAAAACCCACCUGUAUCUGAAG